UUUUUUUUUUUUUUUUUUUUUUUUUUGGCUUUUCCCACCAGCCCCGCGACAAGCAUCAAGGUCAAGGCAGAAGCGGCAUCACUCGCCCCGCGCCUUGGGAGAACUGCAAAGGACUGUUGGAAUCCACCAGCACCCACCCCAGCCUGCCAAGCUUGGGGCAAAGGAAUCGGAAGCCAAGCUUUUGGGGAGAAGAAGGGCGAGGCGGCCGGGGAGGGGGGAAAAGCGGAGGCUCCCGCAGCGAGCCCCCCUGUCCCCAGCCCGAGCGCACGCCUUCUCCGACCGGCGCCUUUUACCUACCUACCUACCUACCUACCCACCUUCCCUUCCUUCCCAUCAUGAAGCCGGCGAUCUGGCUCUCUUGGACCGUCGCCCUGAGCUACUUUGCGCACUCAGGGUUGGCUGCCUAUUUCUUUCAACAGCCGAUGGAUCAAGUGAUUGUGUCCGGUCAAUCGGUGACAUUAGCAUGUGUGAUCAUGGGCUACCGUGGCAUGGUUCAGUGGACCAAGGAUGGACUGGCCUUAGGAGGAGAGAGAGACUUACCCGGUUGGUCCCGCUAUUCUAUCGUAGGAGAUGCCUCUGCUGGUCAACACAACUUACGCAUCGACUAUGCUGAACUAGACGACGAUGCUGUUUACGAGUGCCAAGCCACACAAGCAGCCCUGCGCUCCCAGCGAGCCAAACUUACUGUACUUAUCCCCCCCAAUGACCCUGAGAUUCACAAUGGCCCCAUUGUCCAUGUCAUAUCCAACAUCCCCUACAACCUUUCGUGCCGCGCAACUGGAGCCAAGCCAGCAGCCGAAAUCACCUGGUAUCGUGACGGGCAACGACAAGAGUCAGCUGUUUAUUCCAAGUCCCUGAUGGAUGAUGGCAAGCGGGAAGUGGCUGUCAGCACCUUCCUCUUAAUUCCAAGCAGCCGAGACAUGGGCAGCACCUUCACCUGUCGUGUCAGCAACCCGGCAGCCCCCGCUGGCAAGCAGACCACGGUCACCCUUAAUGUUCAGUAUCCACCCGUUGUGAUCCUGUCAGUACAGCCACAAACUGUGCCCGAGGGUGGCAAAGUGAGUUUCCACUGCACCGCAACGUCUAAUCCUGAAGUGACCGGUUACCGGUGGGCUAAAGGAGGCGUCCCCGUCCCAGAGGCCAACGGUGACAGCUACGAAGCCACAGUUGACCAGUCUUUCUUCACAGAGCCUGUGUCGUGCGAAGUGUCCAACGCUGUGGGCAGCACCAAUGUUAGCACUCUGGUGGAUGUCCAUUUUGGGCCUCACCUUGUCUCCCAGCCCAAGCCCUUGACCGUGGACAUCGGCUCAGAUGCCUCUUUUACCUGCACCUGGACAGGGAACCCACCUCUUACUUUGGCCUGGACAAAGAAAGGAUCCACUGUGGUGCUGAGUAACGGCAACACGUUGCAUCUCAAAGCAGUGACACAAGAGGAUGCCGGGGUGUACGUGUGCAAAGCCAUCGUGCCUCGCAUUGGAGUGGCCGAGAAAGAAGUGACCCUGGCUGUGAAUGGUCCACCCAUUAUCAGUGCUGAAUCAAGCCAGCAGACAGCAGUGGGGGCCAAGGCCCGUCUGGAAUGCUUGGUGGAAAGCGUGCCACGGCCGGACAGGAUCGCCUGGGCGUGGGGUGAACGGAUGCUGGAUACUGGCUCCCUGGAUCGUUUCACGGUGGACACCGUAGUGACGGAGCAAGGGGUGCUCUCAGCUCUGCUGAUCGACCCAACCCACGACGACGACUUUGCGCUUCCCUACAAUUGCACGGCAUGGAACCGCUUUGGCGCACGCUCCGUGGCAGUCAGCUUACGCCGCCAAGAGGUCCUGUCUGUCCUGAUGCUGGGUGCUUUGGCUGCGUCCGGAGUUGUGGCUCUCUUGCUCUUAGUGGUCUUCGUCUCCCUCUGCUAUCGACGUAAGCGCUGCGGAAAAGCCAAGCGGGGAACGCAGCUGUCUAAGGCCGAUAUCCUCGUGCAGAUCACCACAAGCGAGAGCAGCCCCAGCAGGCCCAGCGAGGUGGAAGAUGACGCCAAGGAACCCAUGGCUACAAGCAGCGAAUCUCCAGCCACGUCGCACACUGAACACAGUGAAAUCCUGGAGGAUGACGAAGGGAGUCAGGAACUGAAGGACCCCACCAACGGCUACUACAAGGUGCGUGCCCACGAGGAGCCCUGCUUGGGGAGCAGCUUUUCAGAAUACACGCCAGCCCCUCGACCUCUGUUCGGGCCGACGUCCUUGUACCCCUCCACGGGGCCGGUGCAACCAAAACUCUUUGACUACACCCACCGCUACACCUUGGGUACCCCCAGUUCCCGCUCGGCGUACGACACCACCCACGAGCGGCUUUUCCCUCCAGAGAACAUAUACAGUGGGGCGACCUACCUCACCGCUCCCUACAGCCGGGCUUUCACCAGCUACGUCAAGCCGAGCAGCUACGAGAAAGCCGAGAGCGGUUACGAGCAAUCCGACCAAGCCAGCAAAGCUUCGGGCUGCUCCCGUUUCUCCUACACUUCCUUGUCUCAGCAGUCUGACUAUGGGCGCCCUGCUCAACAGCGCAUGCAGACUCACGUAUGACGGAACCCCCCCCCACCCCACCCCUUCCGGACUCUCCUUCCAUCUUCAGUGAGAAAGAAACGGAAGUGGACACUGGCUUCGGGGAGAACUGGUUCCAAUGGGGACAGCCUUGAGGACCUCAAAUCUCUUCCUGAGGGCCCCAAACUAGCCUCGCCCUCUGAGGAACCUCAACAGGAGGAUUGGCCUAGGGGGCCACUCCGGCAACCAAGAUGGCCGCCAUCCUGCUUGCCUUCUUCCGACCGGAACCUAGAACUGUAAAGCAAUCAAUAGACAGACUUUUCUUUGGGUCAGGACAUGAAAGCAGACACAGGAUGCAACGUGUCCCCCCCCCCACUUUGGGUCUGGACCCGACCUUAUGGUGGAGGGAGGUGACUCAGUCUGUAAGAAUCCAGAUUUCACAUGGUGGCCAAGCUUUCAUGGGAGAUCAGCCAUAAGUGUAGCUUACAAAUCCAUUGGUGAUCGAGCUGCCUCAGCAGUGGGACUGACUGAUGCGCCACUUGGCUCCCCCUUCCCCCUUCCUGCAGUCGCAUGAUUCUGGGAAAUCUUUACGCAUGGGCACUAGUGCUUGUAUUUUCAUUUUCCUGGCUCGAUGCUGUGGUUUACAUCCGUGUUUCUCAAACCUCAGCAACUUUAAGAGGGGUGUGUGUGUGUGUGGACUUCAGCUCCCAGAAUUCUCCCACCAGCAUGCUGGCUAGAGGAACUCUGGGAGUUGAAGUCCACAAUCACCUUCAAAGUGGCUGAGUUUGAGAAACACUGGUUUAAAUAACUCCCAUCUUCCCUCUCUUUAGCAAGCAGGGAGUGUGGGCACCCUGGAUGGAUAUAAAGGCAACUACGGUAAAUUCCUUCCCCUUUCUUAGGUAAUGGCAGUGCCAUGUUUUAAUGAGGGGAAAAAAGGUGUGCUAUUUCCAAGCACUUGCAUCACCCGAGACUCUCCAGCAGGUGGCAGUGGUGUUUAACCACAAUGCCAAGAGAAAACGUGAACUGACCAUUAACGUUGAAAUGAAGGAGACUGAUAGAAUAAAAUCUAAUUUAAGGGGGGGGGAAGAAAAGAAAAGCAGAGCAUGGAAGAGAGCAAGAAGCCAAAAACGGGCAAGAUCUAUUGAUCUUGUUUGUGCAUCUAUGGGGGGGAUGGAUAAAGCUGUCGGUUUUCUUUAGAGCUCAGUUAUUCCUUCUUGUUUCCUUUCCUUUUUAUUCUUUUUGCCUUAAGUGUAUUUGUAUGCUCCUGUAGGGCACUUUACAAGGGAAGGACAUUGUUGCUUUCGUGUCUUCAGAACCAAUGGAGUUUGGUUUCCUUUUUUUUUGUUCCUUUUUUAUUUUUCUUUUUUCCUUCCGCAUUUUUCAAGCAAGAUCUCUCACAGGCCGUUUGGAGCCGUGCCUGCUUGAACCCGUGGUGCUUCAGAGACAAAGAGGGAGAAAUGUACGGACACUUGAAAUAUUUAUAUUUAAUUUUAAAAAACAUGAGACAAAGAGCGAGGCUGGGUUAUUUUUCUCUUUGUUCCUUCGGCGGCAGCAAAGGAAACGGCAAACACUUAAAAAGGGAUAAUUUUAGAAAAUUGGAAACUGCCUUUCGCGAUGAUAGAUGGUCUGAUGUUCCGAUUUGUUCUCCACUUCUCCCAUGCGAUGUUUUACAUAGGUAUCAUACAACGUGCCCCCAUUGUAGCCUAGAUGCCCAUAAAAAGCUAACAGGGACCCUGUGCCAUUGGAAGAGAAAGAGAAAAAAAGAAAACACAUUUGGAUUCUUCGCCAAGAACUGAAUUCUUAAAAUAGGUUUAGAUUAUAUGAAUUAUGGGAGACCGUUUUACAUUUUUUUUUCCCCCAGCCAUUUCUGAUGUAGCAAUAGCAAUAGCAUUUAGACUUAGAGACUGCUUCAUAGUGCUUUUACAGCAGGGGUGAAAUGCUCCCGGUUUGGUCCGGUUCGCCUGAACCGGUAGUAAAAAAUGUUUUCGGAACUUUUUUUUUUACUUUUGUAGCAUUCUUUUACUACCAGUUCUCUGGAACCGGUAGUAAAAAUGCUUUUAAAAAGUAAAAAAAAGGCUCCGACGAUCACAGCUGUGGCGCGCGAUCUUUGGAUCCUUUUUUUUUUUUUUUUACUUUUAAAAGCAUUUUUUUACAACCUAUUUGGCUGAAUAGAUUGUAAAAAAAUGCUUUUAAAAGUUAAAAAAAAGGCUCCAAAGAUCACACGCCACAGCUGAUUACACACACCGCCGCGCACUGUUCUGCUUACCCCAUACCUCCUUUUGGUGUGCGCGCAUGCGCACCUUGCAUUUGCUGUGUGGUGCACAUGCAUAGCAUGUGCUUGGCGCGCAGCACGCAUGCGCAUCCAGCGAACCGGUAGUAAAGAUUUCAGGUUUCAGAUUUCACCAUUGUUUUACAGCCCUCUCUAAGCGAUUAGAGUCAGCCUCUUGGCCCCCAACAAUCUGGGUCCUCAUUUUACCUUCCUUCAGAAGGAUGGAAGGCUGAGUCAAUCGUGAGGCUGGUGAGAUUCAAACUGCCAAAUUGCAGGCAGUCAGCAGAAGUAGCCUGCAGUACUGCAUUCUAACCACCGGUGCUGCUGUGGCUCUUGUAAAGGACAAAGCACUUGAAAUUACUGGUAGCUUCUGCUCUCCCAUCUUGGGCUUUUGGUAUUUCUGAUGGUCUCUUAUCCAUUAUGGGUAGUCCUCGACUUACGACCACCAUUGGUAGCGGAAUUUGGGUGAUGUGGUUGUUUUAAACGGGUCGUCAUCGUGUGUGACCGUACCCAAUUUUACAAACAUUUUUAUCAGGGUCAUUAUCUGAAUCACGGCUUAGUUAAGCGAAUCACGCGGUCAUUAAACAAAUCCAAUGGACUUUGCUUGUCCGAAGCCAGCUGGGAAGGUUACAGAUGCAACCGUCAUAAAUGCAAACAGUCAUAACUUCAAACAUGGGUUAUGAAUCACUUUUUCCGAGACCAUCGUAUCUUCGAAGCGAAUGGUUGUAAGUCAAGGUCUACCUGUACGUUUCAGAAUCAUCUUUGCAAUGCAUGAGGACUAGAAUCUUCAACUUUUAAAAAUGAAAGGCUUUGGAUACCACUGUAUACAUUGCCCUGUUUUGCAUUCUCAAAUCCCACCCCAACCUUGAAGUAUUAAUGUUAUAUCCAUGGUCUUCCACAAGAGGGCAGUCUUAUGCAGCUUGAAUUAUUCUUAAGAACGAAAACAUGACUUCUAACAUGUACAUUUUUCCUUUCCUAAUCACACACACAAAUAAUCACACGUUUGACCUUCCCUCCCUUUGGGCAUAACUGAGCUCUCUUGCUGAGCGGCAGGAAUUUCCUUCGGCCAGAGAUCGCAGCUCAUGGGGGUCACACGGGCUUUGCGUUCCUUAAGGUUUCAGCGUCAAACUCUGUGCAUUUAAAAUCGUAGAGUAGAGAUAACAUCUGCACCUUAAAACCUCAGUCUCAGGUUGCGAUAGACCCAAGUCCUGAUGAAUCACAAUGCGGUGCAUUUGCAUAUUGCUCAGCGUGAUGCGCGACCACCGCAGUUUCUCAAUUACAUUUAUGGCUCCUUGUUGGGAAGCUGCUGCAGGGCACUGUGGUUUGCUCAGCGAAGCAAAGGUUGAGUACAUGAUUUGUUAGGAAGUAUAUCUGGCAACGGAGGUGCCAAAGGAAUCCAUGGUCUUCGCUUAGAAUAUCUUCCAACCGAUCCUGAUUCUGAAAGUCUGCCAUUUCAGAGAAACUCCUACCACAUCUGUACUUGCCACUUAACAAAAGCUGUGUUUUUCCCCCAUCGUCCAAAUAGCUUCUAAAGGUGGGAAGCAUGCACAAGUGGCACCUCAGUACACGUUUACCCUCCCAAUAGGGCUGACUUCCUGUCUGUUUUCUGCAGCCAUCUCCUUCCUCCUUCCUAGUACUCAUCAAGUACUAAACAAAAUGCUGAGUACUGGAACAACGUUUUCACAUCAAAAUGCAUCGAGUACUAAAUUUGGCGAGUUUUGAAGCAGUCGAGUAGCGAGGUACUACUAAAAUUCUCAUUGUCAUAACCUUUAACUGGUCAAAACUGUUUCUCUCAUAGGCAACAACUUUUUGUAGCGAUGUACUUUUAAAGGGCUAACGUAAAGAAUGUGUCCAAAAUCCGGGAAGGACACAUUCCCAAGGGAAUGACAUUUGGGAAAGUUGUGAUUGCUUCAGUACUAGUACUUGCCUGCUGGACUGCUGCGGCAUUCAUAUGAUCUUCAUUUUCAACGUUCUGUGACAGUUUCCCAGCCAGUCUAGCAAUCCCCUUGCUGCCUCCCUACCCAACAGCAGCCGCUUACCUGCCUGCUGGAAAGGUGAGGGAAGGGAGGAAGGAAGCGAGGAACGUUUCCAAGGCUCCCUGCCAGUUUCCUACAAGUAAGCUCAAUGGGGGAAGCUGGCAGGAAGUUGGAAGUCAGUUCUGCUCCAGCUGCUUCUUUGCCUGUCCUUGGUCAUUCUCUGUUUAAAUAAGGAAAUACGGUACCUCUGAAACAAUGUCCCAUUAGGGCAUGGGUUAUCUAAUCUUAUUUAAAAGUUAUGUCAUUCCUGAAUUUCAUCUUUUUUGGAGAAAGGUAGAGCUUUGUGAUGUUUUUAGAUGUUUUAGGACUUCAGUUCCCAACAUUGGAAGCCAACAUGGCCUGAGAAUUCUGGGAAGUGAAGUCUUAAUGCAUCUGGAGAGCACCCUUAAUAUAUGAGGCAGACAAUGGUUUUUCUAUUAUAUAGCAGGAAAUCAAAAUAAAUGAUAUCAUUCAGCAAUA